GUGGACGUUUGCUUUUGACUAUGCUAUUAUCCAUUACCUAACAUCGAAGCUACAUCGUGGCCAACAGGGCCUAGACUGCCUUGGCUAGCCCUUCAGAUUGCGAGUCAUCUAGGGUUGAUUAUACGCAACUCGAAAGGGACACGUCUCGAAUCCGGGCUAUAGUUCCAGAAUGGCAGCUUUAAUAAUGAUGGCAAUUCUAAAAUGCUUCUAUGUGAAUUCCUGGCUUCAUCAACAUUUGAUGUCAUUCAUGACCUCGCUAUCCUCGCUACAGCACACUGUUGAGCUGUCGUUGCUUCUCCUGGCCUGCUCUUGGGUCUUGGGUGAUCCGAACUGGCCCUGUUUUGUUCUGUCGAGUCCUCAUUCAGGAGCAGGAAGUCUCACACGCCAGUGUAUAGGAUGUUUCUAUUCAGUGUUGAUGUUGAAUGGGCAAGUCGGUAGGCGACCUUUGGUCUAAUGGAUGUUGUACAUGCUCUCACACGAACUCCGGGGGCACUCUGGCUAGU